AUGAAUAAGAAAGAUAAGAAAUUAUAAGAGAAGAAAGAAAAAGAAGCUAAGAGACAAUAACUCUUAGCAACAUUGGCUAAAUCAUAACUUACAUAAGAACAGAUGAAUUAACUAAAUAGUAUCAAGAAUGCCACAAGUAGCAAAAGAGAGCGUAAACAUUCUGCAGCGAUUUAAAUUGAAGAAGAAAUAGUAUCAAAAGAUUAAGAGGAAUCUUAAUUAGAAAAUGAUGAAAAAUAAUAAGUGAAUAUAUUUCAAACAGCUAUAUAUGAAAAUGAAAAUCCAAUUGAAAUUAAAUGUCAUGAAUCUCAUUACAAAAUGUCAGAAACAGAAAGAUUAGAAAUUAUGGCCAAAUAAUUAUUUCCAGAUAUUAGUUUAGAAUCAUUUGAUUAAAAAAGAAUACCAAAAGGAUAAGUUUAGAUGCAACCAAGAGAAUUAAUAUCAGAAUAUGAUCCUGAAAAGGAUGAUAUUUACGAUAUUGAUCCCUCAUCUAUUACUAAUUAUGAUUCUUUACUUACUGAUAUAAAUUCAUUUAAAAAUCAAUCAAUCAAUAGAGAUGAAAAUAUAAUUAAACAGAGAGCCUAAUUACCAAUUUUAACAUAAGAAAAUGAUAUUAUAGAUGCAAUCAAAGGCAACCUUAUUACUUUAAUAUCAGGAGAAACAGGUUGUGGUAAAAGUACCUAAAUUCCUUAAUUUCUUUAUGAAGCAGGAUUCACUGAAUUUGGAGCAAUUGCUAUUACAUAACCAAGAAGAUUAGCUGCUAUUUCAUUAGCAUAAAGAGUUAGAGAUGAAACAGGAUUUACCAUGGGUAAAGAAAUUGCAUAUCAAGUUAAACAUGAAUGUAGUGGUAUUGAUGUUGAUCAAAUGAAAAUGAAAGUAAUUUUUAUAUAUUAAUUCUAGUUUAUGACUGAUGGUAUCUUAAUAAAUGAAAUGUAAACAAGUGUUAUGGUACCUUAGUAUUCUGUAAUUAUCAUUGAUGAAGCUCAUGAAAGAAAGGUUAAUAUAGACUUACUGAUUGGAGUCUUAUCGAGAGUUGUAAUUGCAAGAGCCAAGAUUAAUAAACCAUUAAGAUUAGUUAUUAUGAGUGCAACAUUAAGAUUGGAUGAUUUCUUAGAUAAUAAAUUAGUAUUUCCAAGAGCUCUCAAUUUAAUUAAAAUUUAAACUCGUUAAUUUCCAGUACAAAUAUAUUUCAAUAAAGUGUAAGUACCUGUAAUGAUUAUAGGACUAAAGAAGAUUACGUUUAGGCAGCCAUUGAAAAGUGUCUAAAAAUUCAUUAGACAUUACCACCUGGAGAUGUUCUAGUAUUUCUAACUGGAUAAAAAGAAAUUCAUUAAUGUUGUAGCAGAUUAAAUGAUAAAUUAAAUUAAGGGAAGAGAAAUUUAAAUAUUGAUGAAUAAUAAUCAAAUAGUGAAGAAGAAAGUUAAUAAUAAUAAUAAAUGAAUAAAUUAGAAGAUGAAUAAGAAUAAUUAUAGUAGUAAUAAUAAUAAUUUGAAGAAGAAUAAAAUGAUAAGGCUGACUAUUUAGAAUUAAAAAAUUUAAUAGGAACAGCAUAAAUGACAUAAAAUAAUGUAUUUAAAAUAGAAUAAAAUCUGUCAGAUUUUAUUGUUGUUCCGUUAUAUUCUAAAUUAGAUCUUAAAAAUCAAGAAAUUAUAUUUCAUAAUAACCCAACUAAAAAAAGAAUGUUUGUAAUAGCUACUAAUGUUGCUGAAACUUCUAUUACUAUACCUACAAUACGUUAUGUAGUUGAUGCUGGAAAAUAAAAAAGAAAAAUAACAGAUUCUAAAAUUGGAUUAGAAAAACAUGUGAUUGGAUGGAUAUCAUAAGCUGCUGCAGAUUAAAGAAGUGGAAGAGCUGGUAGAACUGGUCCUGGAUACUGUUAUAGAUUAUAUUCUACUGCUGUAUAUUCUAAUUAAUUUUAAAAAUUUGAUAAUCCUGAAAUUACUUAAAUCAGUUUGGAUCACGUAAUCUUACAAAUGAAAAGUAUAGGCAUAAAAGAUGUUUAUAAAUUCCCUUAUUUAACUAGUCCUGAAAUUAAAUCAAUCAAAGAAAGUUUAAUUAAUUUAAUCAAGUUAGGAGCUAUGAAAUAAAAAUAAGAAGCUACUUCUGAUAAUUCUAAUAUUACACAAUUAGGUAUUAUCUUAUCUUAAAUUCCAUUAAGUCCUAAAUAUGGUAAAUUUCUCUUAUAAACAAGAAUAAGAAAUUUAUUAUCGUAUGGAAUUUUACUUGUUUGCAUUUUGAGUGUUGAAGAAAUCAUCAAUAAAUCAGUAUUCUAGGUUCACACUUAACUUUAAGCUGAUGAUAAUGAUUAAGAUGAAAUUAAACAAUUAGAGUUUGAAUAAAAGCAAUAAGAAUAACAAAUUAAAGAUCAAUUCUAAUCUUAUAAAAAUCUUAAAUCCUUUAUUGAAAAACAUGGUGAAGGAUAUAAAAUAAGUGAUCUAAUAUACAUAAUGAAUAUUGUUGGAACUACAAUAUCUUAGAUUAAAGAUGAUCAAGAUAUUUAAUAUUAAAUAAAUUAAUUGGCCUUUUAAUAUCAUCUUAUCAGUAAAUCUUUUAAAGAAAUUUAUUAUAAUUUAUUAUAGAUUCUGGAAAUUUUAAAUUUUAUUAUUGAAGACAAAACAAUAAUAACUUAAUGUGUAUCUUCAAUAAAAUCUUAUUAAAGACCUUCAAGAGAAGCUUAAUUGAUAUUAGCUGAAUUAUUAAUUCAAACUAACGGUUUACACAAAAUAGCAAAAUUGUAAUGUAAAUUAGAUCCUGAAAGAAAUGUCAAUCGUUAUUAUUAUACAACCAGAGAAUUUGAACAAGUACAUAUACAUCCAACAAGUAUUUAUUAUGGAAAAUAAAAUUGCGAAUAUAUCUCAUAUUGUUAACUCUUAACUUUUGGAGAUUAGGUUUCAUCAAUUACAAAUCCUAAAGUAUAUAUGGUAAAUCUAACGGAAGUACCUAAUAAAUCUCUCUUAUAUGAAUUGGACACUCGAUCUAGUUUACAAAAGAAGCUUACAAUUUAUGAAAAUAGUGAAUAUUAUGAUUCAAAAAAUGAUAGAAUGAUGUGUAAGGGUAGUGCUGUAAUAGAAAACUCUUGGGUUUUAGAGAAUAUAGAAGUAAUUAGUAUUAAUAAUAAAAAAUUAGAUACCAUUUCCUAAAGAUUAAUUUGGAUUUUAUUCAAAAUUCGCUAGAGCUUUAUACUCAGGAGAGGUAUUGUAAUUUUAUCAAAUACUUUAAAAAUAUUAUAAAUAUAAAAUAUCAGAUAUUAGGGAAUCAAAUAUGUAACCAUAUUCAUAAAAAAUAAUAAAAGCAUUAAUGUUUAAUGAGAUUAAUAGUAAGAAUGAUCUACUUAAGAAAUGGUCAAAAGAUAAAUAGUAAUUAUAUAUUAAAAAAUAAGAUUUCUACUUUAAGAAUGUCUAGAUUUUGUUUAAGAAGCUUAUCAUCAGUUAAUAAAGUCUAAAUGGCCACCAAUUGAAUGA